AAAGUAAGUCACAUUGAGGCAGCUGUGCCGCAGUCAUCCUGUCGUCGGUGAGGUUGGAAGGCGAAGUGCUCGCGCGGGAUGAUUGGUGAGGUGUUCCACUGACCGCGCCCUCGUUUCGCGCCUAUAACCGCUACCGGGAGAACGCGCAUUGAGCGGCAUAUCUGCUGUGUCGUUUCAUGCAGGUGGAGUGGCUUGACGCGCUCACACAGCCGUCGUCUGUACGCCAGUGGAAGGGGAGGGCAAACAACCGCAUUUCGCGUCUCUGGACUAUACAAAAGACCAACGAACAAUUUCCAGUGAGAAGUGGGGAUAACGCGCGCUCACUUUCAGCCACAAACACAGAGACCCGGUCAAGGAAGAUUUCUGAUGGGGACAUCUUGCCGGUGGAAUGCAGACGCACAUUUCUAAAAGGAGCUGAGGUUUUCUGGGGAAAAGAAAUCAUGCAUUUGACCUACUGCCCACAAAACGGAAAAUACAACCUCAGCGGUAAUCCUACUUCCACCAGGGGGUGAGAUACAAAAAUCUGCCUUUUAACAUGUUGAGUCAACUAGAUUUUUAGGGCAGUUUUAGAUUUCAAAGCACUAAGUACCGUGUGAGGAUUUUUUUUUUUUCAUGGGCUUUCAGAAGUGUUCCUCAAUGGAGUUACUCAGUGGAGAAUCAAGAUGGAGAAUCAAGUGAAAAGAAACCCUUAAAUACUAGUCUUUUUUUUUUUUUUUUUUUGAAAACUGGGACCUUACUAUUUAUGCAGUGCUAUUUUGGAGAAGGCUAGAUAAAUUAAUACGCUAGACUGGGAAUAAAUCUCUCCUCUGCAGUGGAUUAAGAGAAACAGAACAUUUGGAAAAAGGGGAUUAGGAGCACGCUUGGAAGAUGAUGACGUGGAGGUGCGGCGCCAAGUUAUCGCGGCCAUCCGUUUGGCUGGGACUCGCGGUGGCCGUUGCGGUCACCACAGCACUGGAGUUUGACGGCCUGCCGGGCCAGUGGGUUCGCUAUGGACCCUGGGAGGCGAGAGCCACUGGAGAGCUGAGCUUCACCGUGAAGACAAACAUCAGCAAAGCUAUAGUGCUAUACCUGGACGAUGGCGGAAACUGUGACUUCCUGGAGCUCCUGAUCAACGACGGCCGCCUGCAGUUGCGCUUUGCCAUCCACUGCGGCGAGCCGGCCUCGUUGCACAUGGAGACGCACGUCAAUGACGAGCGCUGGCACCGUGUGCUUCUAACAAGGAAUUACCGUGAGACCAUGCUGGUGAUGGAUGGGGAGAGCAAAGUGGCGGAGGUGAAGUCAAAACGAAAGGAGAUGAUGGUGGCCAGCGACUUGUACGUGGGCGGGAUCCCACCGGAUGUGCGCCUCUCGGCCCUCACGUCCAGCACGGUCAAAUAUGAACCGCCUUUCCGAGGCCUGAUCGCCAACCUGAAGUUAGGCGAGACUUCUCCUGCCCUUCUGGACAGUCAGGGGGUGAAGAACGAUCUGGAAUACCUGUGUACGAAACAAAACCCGUGCAGCAACGGAGGACGCUGCUCCAUUCGCGACAGCGAGGUGCUGUGCGAUUGCUCCAAUACUGGCUACAAAGGGAAAUACUGCACUGAAGCUCUCCAACAGGUUUUGGGAGGUCUGGCGCACCUGACGUUAAAGAGCCAAGCCCCAGGAGCAGCUCCUCUGAUGGCCACUCCUGCAGCAGGUGAUCUGGAAUCAGGCCAAGUGGAGUCAGUGGCCACGUUCAAGGGUAAUGAGUUCUUCAGCUACGACCUGUCCCAAAAGCCCAUCCAGAGCAGCACCGAUGAAAUCACCCUGUCCUUCCGAACACUCCAGCGGAACGGCCUCCUGCUCCACACCGGAAAGUCCGCCGACUACGUCAACCUGUCUCUGAAAAGCGGUGCUGUGUGCCUGGUCAUCAACCUGGGCUCCGGCGCCUUCGAGGCUCUGGUGGAGCCGUCCGACGGCAAGUUCAACGACAACGCCUGGCACGCUGUCCGUGUGUCCCGCAACCUGCGUCAGCGCGCAGGGGUUGGACUCCCUACGGUAAACAAACUGCAUUAUAUGGUGACGAUAUCGGUGGACGGGCUGCUGACGACCACUGGCUACACCCAAGAGGACUACACCAUGCUGGGUUCUGAUGAUUUCUUCUACGUGGGCGGCAGUCCAAACACCGCGGAUCUUCCCGGCUCCCCCGUGAGCAAUAACUUCAUGGGCUGCCUUAAAGAUGUGGUUUACACCAAUAAUGAGUUCAGACUGGAGCUCUCCCGCCUGGCCGAAUUGCGUGACCCCAAGGUCAACCUCCACGGCGACCUGACCUUCCGCUGCGAGGAUGUCGCCGCAUUAGACCCUGUCAGUUUCGACGUGCCGACCGCUUACGUAACCCUUCCGCGGUGGAACACCAAGAAAACCGGCUCCGUGUCCUUUGACUUCCGAAGCACCGAGCCCAACGGCCUCUUGCUGUUCAGCCACGGGCAGCCGCAAGGUUCCAAAGAUCGCAUACCGAAGGUGGACUUCUUCGCCAUGGAGCUGCUAGACGGAUUCCUCUACCUGCUCAUGGACAUGGGCUCCGGGAGCAUCAAGAUGAAAGUCGGGAACAAAAAGGUCAAUGACGGAGAAUGGUGCCACGUGGAUUUCCAGAGAGAGGGCAGGAAAGGCUCCAUCUCCGUUAACGGCCGUAGCAUGCCCUUCUCCACCAACGAGGGCAGUGAGAUCCUCGAUCUCGAUGGUGAAAUGUAUCUGGGGGGUCUGCCAGAGGACAGCGGCGCUCUUCCUCUGCCGCCAGAGGUGUGGACCGCCCGCCUCAGGCUGGGCUUUGUGGGUUGCGUGCGGGACCUCUUCGUAGACGGCCGCAGCAAAGACCUGCGGCGUUUGGCGGAGCUUCAGAGCGUUGCGGGUGUCAGCAGCUUCUGUACGAGGGAGACGCAUCGGAGGUGCAGCUCGGAGCCCUGUGCCCACGGAGGCCGCUGCCACGAGGGCUGGAACCGGCAUGUCUGCGACUGCACUGGAACUGGAUAUCUGGGUGCCAACUGUGAGAUGGAGUCCGCAGUGCUGAGUUAUGACGGCAGCAUGUUUCUGAAGAUCCUGAUGCCUCACGCCGUUCACACUGAGGCUGAGGACGUGUCUCUGCGCUUCAUGUCGCAGAGAGCUUACGGUCUGCUCAUGGCCACCACCUCCAAAGAGUCCGCCGACACCCUGCGCCUGGAGCUGGACGGGGGAAGGGUCAGACUCACCGUCAACCUAGAUUGUAUCGGGAUAGACUGUAACCUUAGUAAAGGACCAGAAACUCUGUUCGCAGGGCAUAAGCUGAAUGACAAUGAGUGGCACUCUGUGAAGGUGGUGCGCCGUGGGAAGAGCCUGCAGCUCUCUGUUGACAAUGUGACCGUGGAGGGCCAGAUGAGCGGAGCACACACGCAGCUGGAGUUCCACCACAUAGAGACGGGCAUCAUGACCGAGCGGCGCUUUAUCUCAGUCAUGCCUUCCAACUUCAUCGGCCACCUGCAGGGCCUCGCUUUCAAUGGCGUGCCGUACCUAGACCAGUGCAAGAAUGGUGACAUCUCCUACUGCGAGCUCAACGCCCGCUUCGGGAUGCGCCGCAUCGUGGCCGAUCCGGUCAGCUUUAGGAAUCGAGGCAGCUAUGUGGCGCUGUCCACCCUGCAGGCUUACGCCUCCAUGCACCUCUUCUUCCAGUUCAAGACCACCAGCCCCGACGGUCUGAUGCUGUUUAACUCUGGAGACGGCAGUGACUUCAUUGUGAUCGAGCUUGUGAAGGGGUACAUCCAUUAUGUUUUUGACUUGGGCAAUGGGCCGUCGCUCAUGAAGGGCAACUCCGACAAGCCGCUCAAUGACAACCAGUGGCACAAUGUGAUGGUGUCCCGCGAUGACAGCAACGUGCACACGCUCAAGAUCGACUCCCGCACGGUCACACAACACUCCAAUGGAGCCCGCAACCUGGACCUGAAAGGAGAGCUGUACAUUGGAGGUGUGGGGAAGAGCAUGUACAACAUUCUGCCCAAGCUUAUAGCAUCGCGGGAUGGCUACCAGGGCUGCCUGGCCUCAGUUGACCUGAAUGGCAGACUCCCUGACCUGAUCGCAGAUGCUCUGCAUCGUGUGGGCCAAGUGGAGCGAGGCUGUGAAGCCGGCCCCGGCACAACCUGCAUGGAGGAUUCCUGCUCCAAUCAGGGAGUGUGUCUGCAGCUGUGGGAGGGGUUUACCUGCGACUGCACUAUGACGACAUACGGUGGUCCCCUCUGCAGUGACCCUGGGACCACGUAUAUUUUUGGGAGAGGAGGAGCGCUCAUCACAUACACCUGGGCACCCAAUGAUCGGCCAAGCACCCGGGCGGACCGUUUGGCCGUGGGCUUCAGCACCCAGCAGAGCGAUGCCAUCCUGGUGCAGGUGGAGAGCAGCCAGGGCCUCGGAGACUACCUGCAGUUGCACAUUGAACAAGGGAAGGUCGGCGUGAUCUUCAAUGUGGGCACAGAUGACAUCACCAUAGAUGAGCCUGCGGUUACCGUGAACGAUGGCAAGUACCACGUGGUUCGCUUUACACGUAGCGGUGGCAACGCCACCCUCCAAGUGGAUAACCAGCCCGUCAUUGAGCGCUUCCCAUCAGGGAACAUUGAUAAUGAACGGCUUGCAAUAGCCAGGCAAAGAAUUCCAUACAGACUUGGUCGGGUAGUUGACGAGUGGCUACUCGACAAAGGUCGGCAGUUGACCAUCUUCAACAGCCAGGCAGCCAUAAAAGUGGGAGGUCAGGAUAAGGGGCGGUCGUUCCAGGGCCAGAUCUCAGGCCUGUACUAUAACGGGCUGCAAGUGCUGAAACUGGCGGCCGAGGGGGAUCCGAAUGUCCAGGUGGCAGGAAAUUUGCGUUUGGUUGGGGAUGCACCCUCUGUCUUGUCCACAGAGACCACAUCAGCCACCCCACCGGCUGCGGCAGACAUGUCCACCACCAUAAUGGAGACCACCACCACCAUGGCCACCACCACCACCCGUAGACAGCGCUCUCCCAGCCUGAAGGACAGCAUUACACAGAACUCAGAUGACCUUCUGGUGGCGUCAGCCGAGUGUCCCAGUGAUGACGAGGAUCUGGAGGAGUGUGAGCCUGGCACUGGAGGUGAACUUGUGUUGCCCAUAAUUACCGUGGACACCCAAGACCCCCUUCCCAUGGCCACCCGUUACCCCGCCAUCCCCGCCCCUCCCACUUCCCUGACCCCCCUCCAAACCACCAAAGAGUCCCUCAUUCUGUCCAACCCCCGUCCGCCGUGCCCUCCGGACCAGGAGGACUGCGGCGACCCCAUGGAGGUGUCGGCCUUCGGCUCCGGAGAAAUGACGGAGUCCGACGACGAGGACUUUUACAAAAACUCCCCCAUGGUCACGGACAGGACAGUCCUGCCGCCGCCCCCCGCUGUGGGCAAGAGCGGAGGCCAGGGCCCAGGUGACCACCGUCCUCCAGCCCCCGCCCCCACCACCCACCCCAACCAGCUCCACAUCCCCGCGGGCAAAAUGAACACCCGCGACCAGGUGCUCCUGCCACCCGCCCCGUCCUCCCGCCACACUCCAGGUCUAACCUACCCGCCUGAUUUCCCCCAUGUGCCCACAGCUCACCCCACCGACCUGAUGGAGAAGGGCCGGCCGGGCGCCGUGGAAGUGAUCCGGGAGUCCAGCAGCACCACGGGCAUGGUGGUCGGCAUCGUGGCGGCCGCCGCCCUCUGCAUCCUCAUCCUCCUUUACGCCAUGUACAAGUACCGCAACCGAGAUGAAGGCUCGUAUCAGGUGGACCAGAGCCGCAACCCGGGCUCCGAAAGCAACGGCGCCGUGGUGAAGGAGAAGACGCCGAGCACGACUGCCGCCAUCGCCAAAACCACCACCAAGGGCAAGAAGAACAAAGACAAGGAGUAUUACGUCUGAGUGAGUGAACGAGCGCGCGCGAGAGAGGCUGAGGAGGAGGUUCGAGACAGGAAGUGUGCUGAGGAUUUGAAAACUUCAAACCACCUCCUCUGCAUCCUCAAGCAUUUAAGCCACACAAUCUUCUGUUUACUUCUCCAAAAAAGUUUUUCUGCCACCGAAAGAUAUGGGCCCGUAGGGGAAUGAGGAGGAAGGCCCUAACGGAUAGAUACUCCUUUCGUUGCAAAGCCAUUGUUGUAUGUAAUUUUAUCCCUAUCAUGUCUAAAGAAAUUCUUCCAUUACAUUCCAGAUGAUGUAAUGCCCUCUUUGCGAUUAAAAAUGUAUGUUUUGCGUGGUCUGGGCCUCCACAGGAGGGUAACGAAACACCAUGGACAGGGAGAGAAAAGCCGCCGGUUUGACUGAUUUCGGUGCUAUUCCUGAACGUUUAUUUAAUAUAACCUUCACAGAGCUAUGAAAUCGAGAUGUUCUACUGGCCCUCGUCGUAAUCAUUUAUGAAGAACAGAAGCGAUUGUGUUAGUUAUUUGCACGAGACGAGCAGAUGCUCCCAUCAGUUCUUGUGGAGAUGUUAAAUCUGACACAUUUUUUGGAAGGUGAAAAAAAAAAAAAAAAAAAACGUGUUCGGUUGAAAAGGCGGCGAAUAACAUCUGAUAGAGCCGAAAUACUUUGAAUUCAUUUCCACUCGGAUAUCUUUUGUCAGGUGGAGAAAUUAGGAGGAUCUAUCUGAAACACAUGAAUCUAAUUCUUUCUUUGUUGUUUAUUCGCCAUGGUUUCAUAAACACGUUCUCGCUUACAAUCGCAGAUCAGACGGCGAAGCCUGCUUUGACAGCGACACCUCCACCAGCAGGUGUAGAAAAGCUCAGAAGGUUGUUAGAACUUUAAAAAGCCCAGCUCUCUCUCUCCAUGGUGUCGAAGCAUUGUGAUCUGCUAGGCUACUAAUUGUGUUCCAUGCAUGAUGUAUUCACAUUCAGCUUUCCAUGAGAGUAUUUUGAUAUGAAAUACAUAAAGUUGAUAACUCUCAUCUCACCCGGAGGGAUUCAUAACACCGUGGGCGAACACGACGCAGACAAAAGAGACCUCAGAAAGCAGGACUGUCCUGAACUGAACAUCAGCUUGGACAAAAGAUGUAUCUAUGUAAAUACAGACAUUGCUGAAAACACUUCGGGAGACAGGUUUGUGUGUAUCGUGCAUACAAUGCGUACGUGCGCUUGUGUGUGUGUGUGUGAGUGUUUGUCCUCGUUCGUCCUCCGGCAUGAGAAAGAUAUACGCAAGACUACGAGAAUUAUUUCUCUUGCCUCCUAUAUUCUCUAUGGUGUGAAAUUACAGCCCAAUACCCAUCCGAAUGAGACUACAGACACUGAAACAAACGGGAUAAGGAGAACAGAGGCGAAAUCAUAUUUUGAGUCUCUUCUAGGAGGGAAAAAAGGAAUUUGUUCUCAUCAGAAUGCCAGCUCACCUCCUCCCAAACCUUGAAGGAGAGCGUAAAAGACAAGACUUUUAUGGAUAAAGCAGCACAACCUUGUGUCCAGACUUUUGUAUCAAAGGACACCUCUUGGAAAGGAGGGGAAAAAAGAAAGAAAAAAAAAACACAGUAUACUGUCUAGAUAUUUCUCACAUUUGAAAAUAUGGUUUUACUGAAUUGACAUUCCUUGUUAUUACAAAGAGGUUUUUGUUUAGUCCUUUCUCUGCAAAUGAAAAAAAAAUGUUAUUAAGAAAAGAUAUUACUUCAACUAUGAAUUGAUUUUCAAAUGUAAAAUUCUGGGGGGGAAAAAUGUUUUGGGAUUUUAUUGAAUUUGGUAAAAUAUGAAGCAUUACAACUAGCCAUACCUCCAUUCCUACAUACUACUUUCUUUUGUUACGUCAUCGACAGGGCAAUUUGUUUCAGUUUAUUUUUAUUUUUUAUUUUUUUGGUGUGUGUUUAUUGAUUUUGUUUGUUCUUUUAAGAUAUAAUUGUCAUUUACCUAUGCUGGUCAAAGUAUAUUCCCGUUCUUAAUGUAAUUGUAAAGUGUUACUGUGAGAUGAAAUCUAAAUAUGUGUACAUUGACAGAGGGAAAAAUACACUUGGUUCUAUACUUCGUACUGA